AUAAGAGAAAUUGAAGUUGGGAGACAGUACGAGAGAGAGAAGAGAAAGAGAGAGAGGGAGCAACAGAGAGAUGGUGAAGGUGACCUUGAAGGGUUCAUACGUAGUGAAGCCACUAAAACCGACACCAAUUCACCGGCUUGGUCUAUCUCCAAUUGAUCAGAUCAAGUCUUGGACUACUGAGACUGUUUACUUCUACAGACCUAAUGGCCAACCCAACUUCUUCUCGGCAGAAACCAUGAAGACUGCACUAAGUCAAGCCCUGGUGGAAUUCUACCCACUCGCGGGACGUAUUGAGAAGGACAAGGACGGCGGUCUAGAACUCAACUGCAAUGAGAAAGGUGCUCUGUUCGUGGAAGCUGAGUCUGAUUCCUGCAUUGACGACUUGAGCAACUUCAUGCCAACUCCAGAGCUGAGUAAACUAGUUCCUUACGCUAAUUAUAACGGGACCCAAAUCAACGAAUGGCCACCGUUGGCGGUGCAAAUCACAUUCUUUCGAUGUGGUGGCAUCUGCUUAGGCAUGGGGAUAUCACACGUAGUAGCAGAUGGAGCAGCGUCAAUGCUGUUCAUUACUACAUGGGCCCAAAUGGCUCGUUCCAACAUAGUAGAUCCAGAGUUGACGCCAUUUCUUGAUAGGGCUGUUCUACAUCCUAGAGUUCAGAAUGAGGAGGACACGCCCAAGUUCGACCACAUAGAGUACAAGCGACCACCAAUGUUGGUGGGUCAAGUGGACGAGAUGGAGGAGCAGAAGAAGGAAACCACUGUGGCUGUACUAAAGCUGAGCUCUGACCAAGUAGAGCUCCUGAAGAGAGUAGCUAAUGAAGGACGAGAAAAAAAUGGCAACGUAGAUAAUCGUGAGUACAGCCGGUACGAGUCCUUGGCGGGUCACAUAUGGAGAUGUGCGUCCAAGGCGAGAGGAUUGGUGAAUGACCAAGAGACCAAGGUACAAGUUUCAGUCGACUGUCGUCGUCGCUUACGACCAGCUUUUCCGGCCAAUUACUUUGGAAAUGCAACGUUCCCAACAACUCCAAUGGCGAAGGCUGGCGACCUAAUAUCAAAGCCGCUCAGUUACGCUGCCGGCAAGAUUAGAGAAAGUAUAAAGAGGAUGACAGAUGAGUAUGUUCGAUCGGCCAUUGACUUUUUAGGAAGUUAUCGUGAUUUGAGUCGAUUCAGACUUGGAGCACGCUACUGGUGCCCUAAUUUGGCCAUCACAAGCUGGGUAGGGCUAUCAUUGUAUACGGCGGACUUUGGGUGGGGCCAGCCGUUCCACAUGGGUCCCGCCACUGUGAGGCCAGAUGGCAAGGCAUUCUUGGUGUCAGCAGAAAAUGGGGGCAUCAUCAUAUAUUUGCGAUUACAAACAGAGCAUGUGGUCAAGUUCAAAGAAUUACUCUAUCAGGGCCUUUAGAGCAGGGAGCAGCAUGCAUACCACAGAGAGCUUACAUAUAGAUAGUUUCUUCGAUUCUGUGCAUGUAAAUGAAGGGGGUGCCAUUCGACCAUCUCACCUAUGAGUACGUCCGGUCGGCCAUUGAUUUUCUGGGAAAUCAACGAGAUUGGAGUCAAUUCAGGACAUCGUUUCAUUUGGUAGACGCAAAGGCCAAGCUGGGAGCAUACUAUGGGUGCCCUAAUGUAGCCAUCACGAUCUGGAUAGGGCUGCCACUGUACACGACGGACUUCGGGUGGGGCCAACCAUUCCAUAUGGGCCCGACCUCCCUAGGGGCGGACGGCAAGGCGUACGUGAUCUCGACGGAGGAUGAUGGCAUCAUCGUGUAUCUGCGAUUGCAGACGGAGCACAUUGACAAAUUCAAGGAAUUGUUUUAUGAGGGUCUUUAAGUUGUUAAGUAAUUGGGUAUGUUCUUUAUGUCUAUGUUUAUGUUCUAGUAGAUGUUGAUGAUGAAAAUAAGUGGCGGUGCAUAUAUAUGUGAUAUUUUGUGUA